GUGCGCAGCUGCCUCGCCGGCGCAGGCGCCCUAGUGGCUCGUAGCACCUCUGGCCCAGGUCGCGCUCGCAGCCGCCUGGGAACCGGCGCCUAGCUGCUGGGAUUGUCAGACAGCGUCGGCCCGAGGUCUCGCCGUCUUCACGCUUCCCCCUGCGCCUCAGAUGCAGAAGUUGUGACUUUGGUGGCAACCCGUUCUAGGAAACAGAUGAGCAGAGACAUCUGUAUCCACACCUGGCCGUGCUCCUACUAUUUAGAACCUGAGAAGCGAUGGGUCCCUGGAAAACUUUCAUUAACUUCUCUUUCACUAAAAUUUAUCACUGAUAAAACUGGCAAAAUUCUUGUCGACUUUCCCCUUUCUAGUAUAAUUGAGAUCAAGAAAGAGGCAUCCCAUUUUAUCUUCAGUUCUAUCACCAUUCUGGAAGAGGACCACGUUAAGCACUGGUUUAGUUCCUUACAGCCUAGUCGGAAUGCCGUUUUCAACAUCAUCGAGCAUUUCUGGAGAGAGCUGCUGUUGUCUCAGCCAGGAGCUGCUGCUCAGGUGUCGUCCUCCCCCAUGACCAAGGGGAAGGAGCUGACUGGGUUGAUGGCGUGUUCCCAGAAGCGUUUGGAAGAUACAGCCAAAGUCCUCCACCAUCAGGGUGAGCAGUUUGAUAACAUCAUGAAAGGACUAGACAAGAUUGAAUCUGACCUGGACGUGGCUGACAGAUUGCUGACAGAACUGGAGUCUCCUUCUUGGUGGCCUUUUAGUUCCAAGCUUCGGAAGACACCAUCAGAAACAAAGCCCAAGGAAGGCGCUUCGAUGUCUAGUUCUGAGGCUUUUGGAAAAGAAGGGAUAGUCAUCAAAAUUCCUGCCAUUAUUUCCCAAAGAACAGAGUCUCAUGUUAAACCAGGAAAGCUUAUCGUCCUUGUCUCUGGCUUGGAAGUCCAGGACUCAGAUUCUUUGCUCAUGCACAGAUUUGAAAGAGAUGAUGUAGACGACAUUAAGGUUCACACUCCUUAUGAAAUUAGCAUACGCCAGCGGUUUAUUGGGAAGCCAGACAUAGCUUAUCGUUUGAUAUCUGCAAAAAUGCCAGAGGUUAUCCCAAUUUUAGAAGUGCAGUUCAGCAAGAAGAUUGAGUUUUUAGAAGAUGCCUUGAUGCUCAGGAGCACCGGAGCCUCUUCUCCAGCUGAGAAGGGCUGCUCAGCCUGGCAUGCAGGUCCCCAUGACAGAAGCAGCACCAGCGGACGGUGUGGACUCUUCCCUGUCCCCUACAGGUCCCCAUGACAGAAGGAGCACCAGUGGAUAGUGUGGACUCUUCCUGUCCCCCACAGGUCCCCAUGACAGAAGCAGCACCAGCGGACAGUGUGGACUCUUCCCUGUCCCCUACAGGUCCCCAUGACAGAAGGAGCACCAGUGGAUAGUGUGGACUCUUCCUGUCCCCCACAGGUCCCCAUGACAGAAGCAGCACCAGCGGACAGUGUGGACUCUUCCCUGUCCCCUACAGGUCCCCAUGACAGAAGGAGCACCAGUGGAUAGUGUGGACUCUUCCUGUCCCCCACAGGUCCCCAUGACAGAAGCAGCACCAGCGGACAGGGUGGACUCUUCCCUGUCUGCUACAGGUCCCCAUGACAGAAGGAGCACCAGUGGAUAGUGUGGACUCUUCCUGUUCCCCACAGGUCCCCAUGACAGAAGCAGCACCAGCGGACAGUGUGGACUCUUCCCUGUCCCCCACAGCUCCCCAUGACAGAAGCAGCACCAGCGGACAGUGUGGACUCUUCCCUGUCCCCCACAGCUCCCCAUGACAGAAGCGGCACCAGCGGACAGUGUGGACUCUUCCCUGUCCCCCACAGCUCCCCAUGACAGAAGCAGCACCAGCGAACAGUGUGGACUCUUCCCUGUCCCCCACAGGUCCCCAUGACAGAAGCAGUACCAGCAGACAGUGUGGACUCAUCCAUGUCCCCCCUCCCCCGGGUCCCCAUGACUGAGGAGCAUCUGUGGACAGUGUGGUCACCUUCAUGGCACACAGUAAAUGCAGAGGGGGCAUUAUGGGAUCUUGUGGGCAGGAGUGUUGGAAAGGACUUGGAUCAAGUUCUGUUGCCAGCCUUGCCUUUGGGCCAGCUAGGUGAAUUACCCAAGGCAGCCCUUCACCUUCAGUCUUGAUUUUCUUUUCUGUAAAAUAAGUGUUUGUGUCAAAGAUUGCUGAGGCUUCCUUCCCAUCUGUAAACCUCUGUGAUUCCAUGAAAAACCUAGCCCCCUUAACGUUGAUAUUCUCCCACACUGUUCCAUCUCUGCAUUUUGCCAUAUGACCAAAGAUAGUUUGAAACCCCGUCUUCCCACUGCAUUAUUAAAAAGUUUUGCUUUGUACACAGUCCAACUUGUUGCUUGCUCUGUCCUCAGGUAGAGUAACAAUAGCUGGUGUGACUAUCUCCUGUAAUAAAUACUUCAUGGUAUUUAUUAUAAAUAUGUAGGUUUGUCAUUAAAAUAGUAUGCUUUAAUAUUAAAACCAACAAGUCUGAUUAUUAAGGAGCAGGGAUAGUGGAGCAAAUUGGCACUGUACUUAAAGCUGUUUUAUUUCAGAUUUAAAGUUAGCCCUGUGCUGGACAACCCUUUCAUAGUCUGUGGUGUACAUGGUAUGCCACCCACUUUUUCUGGCUCUCAGGUUCUUUGGUAGUGUAAUUUUACCACUGCAAGUAUUUGCUGCCAUCCAGUGGGGACUUGUGUAACGAUGAAAGGUGAAGGAAACGUUAGUUGAAGCAAAAUAGGGUAUGAGACUUGCAAGUAAAGUAGUGUAACCAAGAAGUGUAUUGGGUAAAAAUUUUGUCUCUUUUGGCUUUUGUACCCCUAGAUAAGCCUUCUAAGCAGAUUUAUGGUUUCCUGUGUGAUAGUUAGGGAGCCCUAGUGGGUUUGGUUUUGUUUUUUUGUGUCAUAUUUGGAAAACCAGAGGUUCCUCGUGUAACCUAAUAGAAGGCACCAUGAAAAACAUCAGCAACCAAGGUCCAAUGGUACAGAUGGGUGGCACUAAUUAUAGGGUUUGAGAACUUAAAAGUUCUGUGGUAACUAUGUACUACCAGAUAAUAUUUCUCAAAAUCCGUAUUACCAACCAAAAAUUUAAACACACUCCAUGACUCAGCAUGCUUCCAUUAAUAAAAACACAUGCUAUCCAAAAAAAAAAAUUUUUUCAAGCAGAAAAUAAUUGCAUCUUGAAAGGAGUCUUAAGAAUAUAAUAGAUAUGUCAAAAUAUAAGCACCGUCAUCCCUAAGAGUUUGAAUAAAUUCCUGGGACCUAAAUAACCCAAUUACUGCCCCCUUCUCCCCUCUCCCCAGUCCUGCUGACUGGCAGGAAAGGACCAUGGGCUUUGAGUGUAAGUGGGGGAUUGAAGGAAGGUGCCCAGCUUCUUCCUUAGGGAAGAACGAGUGCAAAUUGCUGGUUCCCUGUGUAGCAUUUUUAAAAUAACUUUUUUUUUUAAAGAAUAUUUUCAGAUUUACAGAAAAUGUUGUGCAGAUAGUACAGAGCUCCCGUGUCCUGCACAUCCUGUUUCCCUCGUUGUUGACACCAUACGUUAGUGUGGCACAUUGUCAGAAUUUAUGAACCUGGAUUGGUACGUUAUUAUUAACUGAAGUCUGUACUUCAUUCAUAUUUCCUAAGGUUUUAUUGGACAUCCAUUUUCUGAUCCAGGAUCCCACAUUCCACUUGAUUGUCCUGUCUCGUUAGGCUCCUCCAGGCUGUGACGGUUUCUCAGGCUUCCUUUGGUUUUGAUGACCUUGAGAGUUUGUGGGAGUACUGGUGAGGUGCUUUGUAGACUGUCCGUUAGUUGAGGUUUGCCUGGUGUUUUUCAUAAUUACACUGGGGUUAUGGAUUUUGGGAGGAAUACCACAAAGGUGAGGUACUGUACCUUAGAUAGCAUAUUUAAAGGGUUUUGUUUAUUGAUUUUUAUCUUCAUUGUUUGUUGUCUGUCACCUUCUCAGAGAGAAUCUUAAACAAUUGCAAUCAUUUACUUUUAGAAGUAAAUCACUCACUUUGGGAAAUUUACAAAAAUACAUGGCACACAAGCUUGGGCCUCCUAGUCCCUGGGAACAGCCCUUGUGACUGAGGUUCCAGCAGCUUGGCUCCAGCAGGCUUGGGGCAGGCAGCCCGGCUCCGCAGCCUCCUGCUCCCUCCUGCCAGGCAAGCCGCAAGCCACUGAGACCACUGUCUCCUUCCAUUUCAGUUUCCCUCUAUCACAUUUCCCCUUGUGUUGAGCAGUGUGGGCAUUUUGUAUUUGCAGUUGUGUUCUUAGGUUUGUGUUUUUUCUUAAAGCACUUCCCACCCUCAGUUGUAUGAGCUUCAGGCCCCACAAAACCUGGGUCUGCCCUAGGGUAAAGUAGGUUAUUCCCAUGUUUGACAGGUGAGGGCUUUGAGGCCCAGGGCAAAGGACAGAGAGUUGCUCAUGGCCUUGAGUCAGAAGCUGUGAGCCAGCUUUGGGCCAAGCCUUGUGCUUGCCGGGAGGGGGUGACGGUGUCUGGUGUCUUUCUUUUGCAACUUCAGUGAAGUGGGGAGGUCUGUUCUACACAAAGGUAAACCGUCACGCAGUGGUACUGUUCCUCGUCCUCGUCCUCAUCCUCGGGAAUUAAGCUCAGCAGCGCUCUGCAGGCCAGCACAGGGCGAAGACGGCAGCCUCUGCCUGGCCUGUGCCCUUGCUCGGGCCCUCCUCUCGGCUGCCCCAGGUUCCCAGAAAACGAGGUCAUCCCUCUCUGCUUGAACAACGUAUGCUUGUUUUGUUUAACCGAGAUUAUGGAUGAUUUAAGAGGAGAGAAAAAACCAUCCUAUACUGAACCAAAUUCAAGUUUUCUUUUCAGAAGGUAUUUUAAAAUAUUCAAAUAACUGAGUCAGCCAACUCAUCUAUCAACACAGAGUACUAAAAAUGGGGGAAAUAUUGUAGAUUUAAAUGGAAUCCCAGUUGACCCUAUGCUUGUUUUGAAAAAAAGAAAAAAAAAAAAACCAAACCUCUGACUUAAUGUAUUUGCUUUUUUUUUUUUUCAAAGAAAAUCCAGGAAGAAAAAAAUCCUCUAUUUUGGCUUUCUGGUUGUUAAAGUAAAAUCCCAUUUAUUAAAAAUCCAAAAAUAGUAUGCCUCUGUCUGUAUAAUACAGCUUUAGGUGCUGAAAUAAAAAUCAAAAUGACAGUUAAGAAAGCCCAGUGCUGGAUGCAAAUAUGAAUCAGAUGUGGACCUUGCUCUUCAUAAGCCUGUGUUCCAGGUGGGGAGAGCCCAGUCCAAGAAGAUGCUGAAAAAUAAAUAAUAGUAAGAUACCAAGCAAGUUAAUACGCAAAGGUGUGAAAAUUGAAACACCAGCACAGUAGUUGAGGAGGUCUUGUAAGCCAGCACAUAGUUAAUUUCCAAACCAGACUUAGCGCUCCAGGCAGUCCUGCACAGAGAGCGCUUGCCCUAGGGAGGCCAGAGUGAUGGAGCAGAGGUGGGAAGGGCCGGCGUGGCAGGCACAGGGGAUACCCUGGUGGCAGAGCAGGGGUCCUGCUAGGACCAGGGCAGAAGGAAGAAGGGAUGAGGGCUGGGUGUGGAGCCCUGGGUGCUGGCUGAGGGCAGGUACGGGAACCACUGUACUGGAGGAAGAUGAGUGCAGUACUGCUAUGGCAUUAACAUGGACAGUGUUUUCACUCCCCUCAGUUAGCCUUUUAUUUCAGCUAAUAACUUUCCUCUCGUUUUGCUGUAACAUCUUCCAGCCUACCCUCUGAGAGUGUUCUGUUGCCGACAGUUUUAGAAAAGUGCUUUUUAUUACCUAACAUUUGAGGUCAUGGCAUUUUAGAUCAUUUAAGACCAAGCGGCACUGUGAGUUAUAAGCUCAGAAGUAGUUCCUGUGCUGUUAAUAAGCUCUUAGGCUGGUGGAGUAGAAUGGGACUUUGGUGAUUAUCUAGAGGAUGUUGGUAUUUUGUAAACAGGGGCUGAAAAAUCAGUUUGGUUAGUGGCAACCAGGUUGUUUUUUUUUUUUUU